CAGGCCAUUAAACUGCUCGAAGUCUCGCUCGAGGUCUUGGAGUUAAAAAUAAACAUAUCGGACCCCCAGGAUUGUUACCCUCCGACAUUUUUAAAUCGUGGUACUGUGUCCCUAUUGGGACAGAAAUCCAUUGGGUGUAAGAAGAAGAAAAAGAAGAAAAAUAAACAUGUGGACCGCGUAGAGUCGUAGACGAAAGCGUGAAAAUUGGCAAUUGGCGGAUUCGCUGAGAUUUACGCAACUCGCGUUACUCCCUUGCAUCGUAAACGUGCAGGGAUGAAGCAACGUUUAGAGAAAUCCUUUCUCCUGGAAAUGGAUCGCGAUUGAGAGGAGAGAUCAGUACAUAUAGCCGGCCCGAAGCCUGAAUCUCGAAGCUCGAAGCUCGAAGCCUUGGACCGCGGCGGUGAAUAGUGACAAUGCCCACAGUAGCGAACUCGUCGCUUACCUAUGAGAUUCUCAUGUAUCUCAAUUCCUUUUACUUUGGCAUGUUUGCCGUGUGCGAGCUGUGCAUGGGGCUGUUCAAGGCCGCGAAUAUGCCAUCGCCGGGCGCGAGCAAGACCCUGACGGAGUUUGCGCUGCUCUUCUUCUUGAUACUGACGGAAAGUGGCAGAAUUUAUCUGGGAAGAAAGGGAAACUUGACCGAACGUGGACUGCCGAUCCUUAUUGGAAUCAUCCUGACCGUUCCUAGCUCCCUGGCAACGCUCUACUUCCUGCUCUGGCAGUACUACGUGCUCAGGUUGGAGGUGAUUCUCUGCAGCAUACAGCUGGUUUUACUAGCCUCCGAGGUGAUCAUUGCGAUCGUGUGCCUUAUAGCCAUCUAUCGACCACCAUCCCCAGGGAAAUAACUAGCUGUUGCCAUUUCUAAUAUUCUAGUCGCACCAGGACUUAUUCAUAUUUUGCACUUGUCACGCCUAAAUAAUUAAUUUUUUAAGUGUUGUCAAGUCAUCAGGAUCAAAAUGCUUUUGUUUGCCCAAGACUUUUCUUUCGCUGUGAACAAUUGUAAUGUUACAUCUCUACAUACACAUAUAAGAAGCAAUCCUAUGAGAGAGUAUCAUAUUAUUUUCCUGAAAUCUAUUGUAAAGUCAGUUCUGCAUAAUGGCUUUGCCACAAAUAUUUAUUUAAUAGAAAAUAAAGACUAAUAAUAAAAGAUUUUUAUAUGCUAUUUACAUACGACUUCUGUAAUCAGAGAUUACAGAAGUCUGUAAAAGAUUAUAAACACUGCCAUUUAUAGGUAUUGUCACAUUUAAGCAGUAAUGUACAGAAUGUUGUACAGAAAAAAAGACUAUGUAACACUAUAUCAAUACUUCUAUAUUAAACAUAGUCGUGUAUAGGUAAGAAAUUUGCACAUAUGUUUGUUGUGUAUACGCAUUUAUAUCAAAAUAAACAUUUUUCAAAUAAA